AUGAAUGUCUUGAGCUGGAAUUGCCGGGGGCUUGGGAACCAACGGGCCGUUCAAUUCCUUAAAGAGAUAGUUACUCAAAAGAAACCCAAAUUUAUAUUUUUGUGUGAGACCAAGUGUGGUAAAAGUAGAAUUGAUUGGGUGGGCCGGCUAUUGGGUUUUGAUUGUAUUUUUGUAGUUGAUCCACAAGGGUUAAGUGGGGGGUUAGCAAUGUUAUGGAAAGAUGGGAAUGAGGGUAGUCUGUUGGGCUUUUCUCAUAAUCACAUUGAUAUGAGAAUAGUUAUGGAGGAUGGUGUUCUUUGGAGACUCAUAGGGCUGUACGGUGAGCCUAAUCGGAGCCGAAGGGAGAAUACAUGGAGAUUGUUGAAGGAGUUAGCAGAAGAUGAUACCCUCCCUUGGUGCGUCAUCGGAGAUGUCAAUAACAUCCUCAGCCAAGAAGAUCAAAGGGGCGGUCAUCCCUACCCGAGACGGUUGUUAGAAGGCUUCAACAAUUGCCUUGCCGAUUGUGGUUUAGAGGAUAUGGAGAUGCUUGGCUACCCGUUCACCUGGGAAAGAAGCAGAGGUACUGAUUUUUGGGUGGAAAUUCGGUUAGACAGAGUAUUAUACAACAGUAGGUGGGCAGCUAUUUUUCUAGCUUCUAAGCUUGUUAACCUCGGUACAUCUUCAUCGGACCACUGUCCUAUUUUUCUAGAACCUGUGGCACAGCCUAGAUUCUCAACUUUUCAUCGAUUCCGCUUCGAAAAUGCUUGGCUAAGGGAACCUAUGUGCUACCAGAUUGUACAAAGUUGUUGGGAGGAAAUUACAAGCGGUGGUAUCAUGAAUAAACUGGAGUUGUGUGCUUCUACGUUGGACCAGUGGGGAAAGGAAAUUACUGGGAAUUUCAAAGGCUGA